AUGCCCAAGGCAGCCAAGAAGAACGGCGGAAAGAAGAUCUUCUCCAUCCCCACCGCACAGCGCAACAAGAAGGAUGGAGGUGUCCCCAAGUUGAACGCUCCCAAGGACAAGCGCCAGCAGGCUGCUCCUUACACAAAGGCCAAGCCCGCGCCCACUCCCAAUGGUGGUGUCCGUUCCAUGGCCGCCCUUGCGAGCACGUCCAACCACCUCGGCGACACGUACGCAACCGCCAUGGCCAACGCCGUUGCUGACGACGGUACCCCCGUCGAUGCCUCGCUGACUGUGCGCGACUCGUCCGCCAAGGCGUUCAUGCGCGAGCUCCGUAAAGUCAUUGAGCGCAGUGACGUUAUUAUCCAGGUGCUGGACGCCCGCGACCCCGAGGGAACUCGCAGCAAGUGGGUCGAGGACGAGGUGCGCAAGCGUGAUGCCCAGGGAAAGAAGCUUCUCGCCGUGGUCAACAAGAUUGACCUUGUCCCGCGUGCCAACCUCGACGCUUGGAUCAAGCACCUCCGCCACUCGUUCCCCACCAUGCCGUUCAAGAGUUCGACCCAGAGCCAGCGCCAGCAUCUGAGCCAGAACGCCGUACCCGUCAGCCAGGUCGCUACCGUCCCCGGUCAAAAGGCUGUGGUUCGCGAGCUGCCCACCACGUCAUCCUCGCUCGGUGCUCCUGCCCUCCUGGACCUGCUCAAGCAGUACGCUCUCUCGACCCCUCACUCGGCCCUCACCGUCGGUGUCGUUGGCUACCCCAACGUCGGCAAGUCGUCGCUGAUCAACUCGCUCAAGCGUUCGCGUGCGUGUGGCGUCGCCGCCAUGCCUGGCAAGACACGUGUGGCGCAGGAAGUCAUCCUUGACAAGGGUGUCAAGAUUAUCGAUUGCCCCGGUGUCGUGCUCGAAGACUUUGGCCGCGCGCACGAGGGUGUUGAGAACCGCAGGCGACAGGCCGAGAUCAUGCUGCGUAACUGCAUCAAGCCCGAGCUCGUUGAGGACCCCACCGCGCCCGUCGAGGUCAUCAUCGAACGCGCCGACCCCGCCUUGUUGUGCAAGCUCUACAACAUCCCCUCGUUCACCGACUUGCGUGACCUGCUCAUCAAGAUUGCCCUCACCCGUGGCCGUCUCGGCAAGGGCGGUAUUCCCGACCUCCAGGGUGCCGCUCUCCAGAUCCUCCGUGACUGGAACUCGGGCAAGAUUCCUUACUUCACCCGUCCGCCUGCGGUCCACCCGGCCAACGCGCCUGCACCGGUUGUCGAAGGCGAGAACGACAUUGCCAUGGACGGCGACCGUGUGGGCGAGGCCAAGCUUCUCACUAAGCUUUCCGAGGCUUUCAGCCUUGAGGGUCUGUUUGACAACCUUGGCGACGAGGCGGCCUGGGACGGUCCCGAGCCCGAGCCGGAGGCAGAGGACAUGGAGGAGGAGCAGGAGAUCGUGCCGCCCCAGGCUGGACCUAGUGUGCCGUCGGCCCAGCAGACCAGGGCAAUGGGCGCAUACAUGCCCCCAAUGUCGCCUGGAUCGGACAUGAGCUCGCCUCGUUCGAUGAUGCGCGACUCGCUCUCUCCCGAACCCCGCGACUUUGGCGCUUCGCGCUACCCGUCCGCUCCAGGCAUGUCGGCCGGCGGCAGCGGUGGCGGCGCAUUCAUGCCCGCUCCCUCGCGUCCCAACGCCCACGCAUCCAGGCUCUUCACAGCCGAGGAGCGCGCCAUGCUUCCUGCCACGGCUCUCGACCGCCAAAGGGCCAAGCAGGCCGCUAAAAAGGACAAGAAGCGCCGCGCUGCCGCCGAGCGUACCGAGGGCGAGCUCUUGCUUGGAUUCAUGGACAUGGACGUCGACCACGGAGAGGCGGAAGAGGAGGCGGAGCUGCAGUACCAGCAGGCCCGCUUGUCGGGCAAGAAGGGUCGACAGGAGAAGAAGGCUGCUGCCGCUGCUGCCAAGCGUGCUGCUGCCCCAGUGCCACAGGUGACUGCCGAGGCGCAGCGUGAGGCCGACUUUGCCAGCUUCCUCGCCAACAUGGGUGCGGACGAGUCGGACGAGGAGCUAUAG